AUGGACAGAGUUCCACAUCGUGGACACUGCUACAGAAGCAGCAAAGGUGAUAGGAAGGAUGGUACACCUGAGCCUACAAAGAACUUUAUAGCACAUUCGCAGGCCCUGAACACUGCAAACACCUGGGAUGCAGUGCUGAUUCCACGUAGACGUGCUCUUUUUCAAGUAAUUACAAUUGCAUGCAUAACCUUAAGCAUUGCCCUGAUAUGUGGGACAGCUGUUUCCUAUAUGAUAUAUCGACUGGUAGAGGCUGAGAAAAGACAACAACUUGCAUCGCUUUAUCAAAAUAUCAAGAUACCAUCAUUAGGAGAUGAAGAGGAGGGCUUUGAGGAUGAGCGCCAAGAUGGGUCUGAUUACCUGCUUCCAGAGAAUGGGAAGGAACUAGCAAAGUUCAUUAAUUCAGUUAUUCAAUCAAAAAGAAGACAAUAUAUUGAACGGACAAGAUUGGAGAGUGAGCAAAAUUAGUAAAAGAAACAAAAUACUGAGUGCUUGUGCACCUUGCAGAAGUGGGAAAUCUGUGAAAGCAAAUGAAAGGACGUGCUAUCCAGUGUGGAGAAAAUGGCAGAGAUGUCAGACUGAGGACAUGCAAACCCUAAGGAAAGAAAACCAGAAGUAUAUAACAAAAUAAAUUCAUAUGAUCUAGUAA